AUGACAAGUGUAAGGCUGAGAUGCAAUAUUAAGUGUGUGCAUCCAGCUAAGGCUAACGGUCAUGCCCAGUACUUGGAAGAGAUACUAAGGGUGGGUUUUUCUCAUCCUGCAGUUGAAGAGAUCAUCAUGUUUGUAGGUCCAUUGGCAGCUGGUUUUAAUGUUACCACACUUGCAGAUAAAAACCUCAAAAAUACUCCAGCAGGAGAUGUUGUGGAUAAACUGCUUGAUGAGUGGAACUACUCCAAGCCUUAG